UGAAAUUACAGGCGAACGUGCGAAAAUCCCCAGAUUUGUUCCUGAAAGCCCCUUCGAUUCCCUCGAAGAAAGACGUCAUUUUGAUUUUGAUGCAAAAUAGCAAAAAAUAAUAAACACCCACGAGACCAAUCGAAACGGGCCUAAUCUUCCUCUUCCUGCUGGUUCCUACAGAUUUGUAUUUUUUUAGUUUCCCAAGUUUUUCGGUCUGUUGUUCUUGUCCAUUUCACAUGCACUCACUGUUUCUUUGAUCGGUCUCUCUCUCUCUCUCUCUGCACUGUUCCACUCCUUCUUUGGUUCUUCCUUUUGUAAUGCAAGAUUCAUCCCGAUUUGCGCGUACCCUUUUGCCCACUCGCGUUGGUUCUCUCGAAUUUAGCGUGUAAACUCAGUGGGUUUGAUUUAACUGGGUUCAUAAUUGGUAAUUUGUGAUUGUGAUUGCAACGCCACCGACGACGAGGCGCCCCCCACCAUUGAGUUUUCGGCUUGAUUUGGCGAAGUGGGUAUCGGUUCUUUUUGCUCGGAUUGCAUUGAAUCGAGGGAAUUCUGGGUUUUGAUUCGUUGGAUGAGAAGGGGAGGAGAGAGAUGAUAACGCCACAUGUGGGUUUGGAGGAACGAUGACUGGAGGGUCAUUGGGGAUCCGCUCCGGUAGUUAUGGCUCUCUGCAACAACAACAACAACAGCUGCUCCUCCAGAACGGUGGGUUGCCAAUCCAAACGACGCCGCCUCCUCCGCUGCCCCGGAAGCCGAGCAAGAUGCCAAAGGAGAAGGAGAGGCUGUUCCACUGGAUCGUCAAAUUCGCCGGCAGGAAGAAAGUGGGCAUGCUCUUCCUUUGCUUGAUAUCCGCGGCGGUUUUUGGGUGGGUUAUGUAUGUGGGCAAUGGCAAAGUUUUGCUUUCAGGUGAAGAUGUGCACGAUGCGGUCAGCUUUGUUAGGUUCACCAAUAGCAGCUUGACUAUAAGCAAUCCUGUGUCUUCUCCAACAAAUGGAGAACAAAUUAGUAAUAAUGCUUCAUUAGUUGACACGGAUGGAAGAGAUAGAAAUAAAAUUUUGCCUCUGCCACCACCUCCCCCGACAUUUUUUCUGGGCUACUCACUCCCUCCAGGCCAUCCAUGUAAUACUUUCACCUUACCUCCCCCUCCAGCAGACAAGAAAAGAACUGGACCUCGGCCAUGUCCUGUCUGUUAUCUUCCUGUUGAAGAAGCCAUUGCCUUGAUGCCAAAGGACCCCUCGCUAUCUCCAGUGCUUAAGGAUUUGACUUAUGUAUAUGAGGAAAACUUAAGUAGAGAUGGAGAAUUUGGAGGAUCGGAUUUUGGUGGUUAUUCCACUUUGAGGCAGAGGAAUGAUUCAUAUGAUCUAAGGGAGUCUAUGAGCGUGCAUUGCGGGUUUGUUAGAGGAAGUAAACCUGGUAGACAGACUGGAUAUGAUAUGGAUGAAUCUGACCUUCUUGAGAUGGAGCAGUGUCGUGGUGUGGUUGUUGCAUCAGCAAUAUUUGGAAACUUUGAUGAGAUACACCAGCCAAAAAACAUUAGUGAAUAUGCCAAGAAGAAGGUAUGCUUCUAUAUGUUUGUUGAUGAAGAAACGGAGGCAUUUUUGAAGAAUGCCAGUGCUAUUGAUGAGAGCAAGAGGAGUGGGUUGUGGAGAAUUGUUGUUGCGCGCAAUCUUCCUUAUGCGGAUCCGAGACGCACCGGCAAGAUCCCAAAGCUUCUCUUGCACAGGAUGUUCCCAAAUGCUCGCUAUUCUCUUUGGGUCGAUGGAAAACUUGAACUUGUGGUGGAUCCUUAUCAAAUACUUGAAAGGUUCUUGUGGAGGAAAAAUGCCACUUUUGCUAUUUCAAGACAUUACAGACGCUUUGAUGUCUUUACAGAAGCGGAAGCAAAUAAAGCAGCAGGGAAGUAUGACAAUGCUUCUAUAGAUUUCCAGGUUGAGUUUUACAAAAAGGAAGGCUUGACCCCAUAUUCUGAGGCCAAGCUUCCUAUUACAAGUGAUGUUCCUGAAGGAUGUGUGAUCAUAAGGGAGCACGUCCCUGUCUCAAACCUUUUUACUUGCCUUUGGUUCAAUGAGGUGGACCGUUUUACCUCUAGGGACCAAAUUAGCUUUUCAACCGUUCGAGACAAGAUCGCAUCCAAGACUAAUUGGACUAUAAAUAUGUUCUUGGAUUGCGAAAGGAGAAAUUUUGUGGUCCAGAAAUACCACAGGGAUGUGUUGGAGCACAUGGCUCCUCCUGUUCCUGUCCAAAUUUAUCCUCCCCCACCUCCACCUGUUUUUGUCCCAGAAAGUGUAAUUAAACAGGCUCCUGAAGUUCACAGCCAAGGGAUAGUAGCAACACCAGUUAAGAAAGUCCCUGUGAGGCGAAGAGAGAGGAGAAGUUCACGGCGGCAUCGAAAAGUCGCUGCCGGAAAUAGGGACCCUGAUUCGAGAUGAAUCUGUUUUGUUCUUCUUUUCCUUCUCUUUGGAAGCUAUUAUCAUUCUUUUUCCUCCCUUUCGAGAAUUUUCGUCCGCAGGCAAAGAAGAGUGUUGUAUUUCCACAUGCGCAAGGAGGAAUUUACAUCAAUUUUUAUCUUUUUUGCCCCCGAAAUUGGAAAUUUGUCGAUUCAUCGUUCAAUUUUUUGGUGUAUAUAUAUUUAUUAUUUCCAAUAAUUGUUAAAGAUCAGAUGCUUUCAAAU